AUGCAAAUUGCCCGAUACGAAAAUUCGUUCCAAUUUUUUUCCUGUCAAGUUUGUAAAAAUCCAGCUCAUGGAAAACAUUUUGGAGCAAUUACUUGCAGAGCUUGCGCAGCGUUUUUCAGAAGAUCUGGAACAAUCUCAAAAUCUGUAUACCGAUGUGACCAAAACAAUAAUUGCGAAAUUUUGAAAAACGGACGGUUCGCAUGCAAAAAGUGUAAAUUGAGGAAAUGCUUGAAAACAGUCGAACAUUUAUCAGGCCGACCGUUAUUUGUGAUUUAUAUGGAUCCUAAACCCCUAUUGCCGAACGAAAAAUCGUUUAUCAAUAUACAGUAUCUCAUAGAUGAGGGUAUCAAAAUUAUGGAUUUAGGAUCUGAAAAACCGUUUUCUGCUGAAAAUCGUCUUAAAAAAUUAGCAAUCGGAUUAAGGAUAGUUAGAGAUGGAGCGAAAAAUAGGGAAGUUGGAAAAUUGACGAAAAUCGGAAAAGCUGAAGCGAUCGGAAUUUGGGAAAGGGAUUUUUUGGCAGCUGUAAAAUGGUUGAGCUAUUUUUCCGAAUUCGAACAACUGCCAAGAAGCAUGAAGAUUACUCUUCUAAAAUCGAUUUGGCACGUCUGGACUCGAUUAGAAAAAUUGGCAUUAACAGCGGAGAGUCGAAAAAAGGAAAAAUGCCGAAGAAAUGAGAUAAUGCUGGAUAAAAAUUCAUUUUAUGAUCAGAAGGACUUUGAGGUGGAUAUUAGUUGGUGUACCAAAUAUCCAAAGGAAAAAUUGAAAUUGAAGACAUCCGAGGAAGGCGUGUAA